AUGGAACAAGAAAGUUUUAAAGAGAUAUUGUUCUGGCUAGUUUUUAGGAAUAUUUAUAUAAAUCAACAAAUAUUUCAACAAAUUCAUAAUACAGAAUGGGUUGAAUAUGAAGAUCCAAAUAAAAUUAGAGUUGGCAAUAGAUGCAAAUUUAAAGAUACACACUCAUUAGGUGUAAUGAUAAAGAAUGGACUUUAUUCAUUAUUAAAAUUAAAGAUUGAAACUAAUGAAUAUAUAGAAUUUGAAAAAGAGUCAAUUAAAAUAUUAUUUUUAAAAUUUUCAACUUUAAGAACAACACCACCACCAUCACAAUCACAAACACAAACACUAAUAACAACUCUAGAAAAUAAAGAUAGUCAAUUAAUGAAAAAUAAAAUUGAAAGAAAACAAUUAAAAGAGAUCUUAAUAUUAUUAUUAAAAUACAGAAGAUUUGAAUUUGAAAUUUGUAAUUUACCAGAUUUAGCAGUAGUUUGUCAUAGUGUAGAUGUUUUAAAAAUACUUUUUAAAUUUAAACCAUAUGGUAGCAUUGGUUCAAUGGUAAUUUACCCAAAAACUAUUGAAUUAGCAAUACAAUGUUCAACACCUAAUGUUUUAAAUCAAUUAAUUAAAAUUAUUAAAUCAUCAACAACAACAACAACAACAGAUGAAAAAACAACGAUUAUUAAUAAAGAUAAUACAUUAGAGUCGGCAUUUGAUAAUUAUCAAUAUUCUGAUGAAAUGGUUAAAAUUAUUUUAGAUAAUAAUUUAUUUACAAAAUCAACAUCUAUUUUUGGAUUAAAUUAUGUAUUGUUACUUUCAAUGAAAUGUAAUUAUUCAGUAAAUAAAUUAAUGGAUUUAAAACUUGUAGUUUAUAAAGGUGAUCAAUAUAGAAUUAAAAAAUAUAUCAACUUUUUAGACUCAUUCGAAACAUUAUCAAGAUAUGUUAGAAUACAUUUUGAAUAUACAUUUUAUUAUAUUGAAGAUUGUGAAUGUAAUGAAAAUUGUAAUUGUGGUGUUAAUGAUGGUAGUAUUGAUGGUGAUGAAAGUCAAAGUGAAUCCAAUGAAUCCAAUGAUGCAUAUCAUCAAGAUUAUAUUACUUUUAAAAAUAUUCAAAAAAUUACAGAUGAAUCAAUAAGAUUAAAAAAGCUACAUACAUUUAUUGGUGAAAAAUUUGAAAUGGAUUAUAGUUAUUAUGAAGAUUAUUAUUGUCUUUAUAAUGAAAAGAUUAAAGGAUUUCAAUAUCAAAAUAAAGUAUUUAGUAAUAGAAUUGAAAUUUUUCAAUUAAAGAAAGCAAUUAGAAAUUGUGAUUUAGAAACAUUAAAAAAAUGUAAUGCAUCAUUUAUAAAAAAUCAAACAUUUAUAGGUGACAAUGUUGAAUUACCAAAUUCAAUAGAUGAUAUUAAUAGAUUGGUACAAUUUUUAAAUGGUAAUGAUAAUGGUGAUGAUAAUGGUGAUGAUAAUGGUGAUGGUAAUGGUGAUGGUGAUUGUGAUGGUAAUUGUGAUGGUGAUGGUGAUGGUGAUAGUGAUGCUUUAAAACAAUUUGAUAGAUUUAAUUUAUCAUGUACAAACUUUUAUGGGGAUUUAGUUAAGAUUAUACCAACAUCAACUAUUAAUUUACAUUUGAAUAAAAUCAAUGAAGCAGAGGGAUCUUUAGGUUGUUUUAAUUUUUUAAUAUGGGAUGCAUUUUGUUAUUCAGUUAAAAUUAAAUUGAUUGAACUGUUUACAUAA